AUCUCAUCCCUAUGAAGCGCGGCCUGUUCAGCGUGACCCGCGUCACUUCGUGUUACGUCGUAUUUUUUCGUUUAUUUCCGCCGCGUCUCCUUCCUGUGCUGCUGCUCGUCCCGCAUACAGAAAGUUGGCAGCCAUUAGCUUCUAUUGAUCGAGGUGGUUUAUGUUUGGUCGUGUAAAAGCUUUACCCUGCAGAAGCGAGCGGAGUCUGCGGGUUUGCAGUGUGCUUUGUGCUCGUUAGUGUACACAGCAGUGCAGUGAGUGCACAGUGGACGAGGCGGAGCCGGGAGCCGAGCCGAGCCGAGUCGAGUCGUGUCUCUCGGCUGUGUUCGGCUGCAGUCGGGCGCCGCUGUGCUGAAUCAGAUGGACGCAGGCGAAGUGGCGGCGGUGAAACGGCUCGGGUUUGCCGGAGCGGAGGAGGAGAAGGCCGUGGGACUGGAGGAGGAAGAAGAGGAGGAGGAGGAAGAGGAAGAGGAGGAGGAGGAGGAGGAGCGCUCCGAAAGCGAGCCGGAUGAAGCCGAAGUGAGCACGAUGCCCUGCAUGGCGGAAGCGGCCAACAUCGCCAUAGCCGAGUCCCUGCCGAACACAGACGACGGCGAAGCGCCGUUUGCGGAGGUCACGACGGUUACCGUCAGUGAUGUCCAGAAUGCAGAUGACAACGUUUUCUCAACAUCCGUUGCCACGGCAGCCUCCAUCCCUGAACAUGUGCUUACAGGUAGAACCACUCUGCAGAUCAGCGACAGUCUCAGCACGCAGAAGGCAACCCUGAUUGUCGUGCACACGGAUGGGAGUAUAGUAGAUGCCACGGGCCUGAAAGCCACAACAGCACCCAUGACGCCAGGGCCUCAGACUCCCUCCACACCUCUGACUCCGAGUCACGAGAAAGAUGUGAGCAAGUAUAACUGGGAUCCGUCCGUGUACGAAAACGAGCUGCCCGUGCGCUGCAGGAACACCAGCGGUGUCCUCUACAAGAACAGACUAGGUUCAGGUGGCAAAGGACGUUGCGUCAAAUACAACAAUAACUGGUACACUCCGACGGAGUUCGAAGGGCUGGCCGGAAGAGCCAGCAGUAAGGACUGGAAGAGGAGCAUUCGUUAUGCUGGGAGGCCUUUACAGUGCCUUAUACAGGAGCGCAUCCUCAACCCCCAUGCUGCCUCUUGUACAUGUGUGGCCUGCUGUGAUGAUCUAGCUGUGAGCAAGGACGGAUCCUUCGGAGGCGACAGCAUAUCUAUGACCGGACCCGUGCGACUCUUUGUCCCUUACAAGAGGCGAAAGAAAGAGAGUGAGCGCCCGGCAUCUCCAGAGAAAAAGGAGGAACCGUCACCCAAGAACAUUACUCUAGCACCUGGGGCCGCAUUCACCGUGACCCCAUCAGGUCAGCUCACCACUACAGGCACACUGACCUUUGAUCGAACGGCAACUGGAGACGCGACGACCAUCAUUUCCGACAGCCCUGCCGCUUCAGAUGUCUUCAGCAGCACAGCAGUGCUGACCACGCUGCCGGCGCUGACCGUGAUCCCUCAGCAGCCCAUCUUACAGGCUAAAGGUCCCGCUGCAGCCGCAAUGGCCAACGGCUUGGAGACGAGCGAACAGCGCACCUGGCUGUACCUAGAGGAGACGGCCAACACACUACACAACACUGUCCAGCAGCUCAAAGCACUCAUCGCCCAGGCCAAACAGGCCAGCCAAGCCAGCAGCAGCCUGGAGAAAAGCAACUGCAGCAGGAAGGAUUCUUUUCCCAGCCAACUGUCGCUGACUGAUGACACAGAGGGGAAGAUUACUGAAAUUAUCAUCAAGCAUACCUGUGUGAACUGUGGGCGUGAAGCUUCCAGCGAAUGUGCAGGCUGCCACAAAGUCUACUACUGCUCUAGCUUCUGCCAAAAAAAGGUUAAGCUGCCUCUUCAGUCCUAUUCAAUAAAACAAGGACUGGAAGGAUCACCAGCACAGUUGCUCUCAGCCCACUGUAGCUGUGGGAGUUCAUGACGAGGCUCACAUAGCCAGCAUGGAGGUAGAGAAAGUCAAGGCAUAGCCCCGAUAUGGACACAUGCAGCGGUCUUGGAAUAAUCCCACCCUCACCCUCUGUGAUGCAGAAAUACACUAUAAGGCUAAAAGUAUGUACUGUCGAUGGCUUACCGUCACGAUGAUAUUUGGUGCUUCUACAAACCAUUGCCACAAGGGCAGAAGCACACACUUGUAUAGAAUGUCUUUGUAUGCUGUAGUCUUACAAUUUCCCUUCACUGGAACUUAGAGGCCCAAACAUGUCCCAGCAUGGCAACGCCCCUGUGCACAAGACAUGGUCUGCCAAGGUUGGAGUGGAAGAACUCCUGCACAGAGCCCUGACCUCAACCCCACCGAACACCUCUGGGAUGAACUGGAACGCCGACUAGUAAAUAUAACCACGGAUGAGGACUAAAUCUGGAACGGGAUGUUCAGCAAGCACGUACGGGUUUGUCGGCGAGGCGUCCACAAACUUUUGGCCGUAUAGUGCAGGACACAUUUGUGUGCAACAUUCCUGAAGGAGCAUAACGCCAGAGACUGAAAUGAAACAUCUAUGCAAGAUUAGGAAACAUGGAGCUGCUCUUGGAGACCAUGGGACAUUGUGUGCGAUUCUUAUCUCGCAUGACUUAACACACACACACACACACACAAAAAAAGAGUACCGUGAUUAAAAAUAUAGAUGUUGUGAAAUCAUA